CCAUCUUGGCUACUUUCUUUUCUAACAUUUUAUGUACACAUCUUAUGUAAACAUUCGUCCCGAAGCAUGUCUUCGAUUGAACAGUUCCUGAAAUCUGCACUUAUUACGUACAAACACCCAGAAAAGGCCAAGAAAGAUGUCCUUAGUGCAAUCAAGAAGUUUGAAACUCUAAGCCCAAAAUAUGAGGCAUUUGUCUUAAAUGAUCUCUCAUCCAGAGAGCUCUUGCAAUUGGAAGGAACGAUCCCUGUCACCUACAAAGGUGCCGUGACCAACAUCCCAAUCUGUAUCUGUCUAAUGGACACACACCCUUACGACCCACCGAUUGUAUUUGUAAAAUCUACCUCAACAAUGGCAAUCAGGUCCGGCAGAAAUGUAGGCCAGAGCGGAAAAGUUGACAUACCAUAUCUGCAUGAGCGUGAAUGGAUACAUCCCAAGUCUACCCUGCUGAAGCUUAUCAAGAAUCUUGUGGUCAUAUUUGGGGAGGAAACUCCCAUUUGUUCCCACGUACAGGCAACCAAUCAGCCAGCAUCUUCUGGAUAUCCGGCCCAGAUGUUGCCCUCUGCUGUAGGGUACAGUAGGCCGAUGUCAAGUGUGGGUGUUGCCCAGAACCCGCCCAACCCCCCGGAUAGCUCCUACCGUGGGACAUACCCCGCCCCUACAUCCAGCUACAAUACGCCGUAUCCAGGAUAUGGUAUGCCGAUGCCAAAUGUGGGUGCUGACCAGAACCCGCCCAAUCCCCCGGGCAGCGCCUUCCCUGGAACAUACCUCGCCCCUACAUCUAGCUACAAUACACCAUAUCCAGGACAUGGUAUGCCAAUGCUGAGUGUGGUGGGUGGUGCACAGAACCCGCCACAACCCCCGGGCAGCUCCAACCCUGGAACAUACCCCGCCCCUGCAUCCAGCUAUAAUACAUUAUAUCCAGGACAUGGUAUGCCAAUGCUGAGUGUGGGUGGUGCCCAGAACCCGCCUAAUCCCCCGGACGGCAGCAGACCUGGAACAUACCCCGCCGCAACACCCAGCUACAAUACACCAUAUCCAGGAUAUGGUAUGCCGAUGCUGAGUUCGGGUGGUGCCAAGAACCCGCCAAAUCCCACGGGCAGUGCCUACCCUGGAACAUACCCCGCCUCUUCACCCAGCUGCAAUACACACUAUCCAGGACAUGGUAUGCCGAUGCUGAGUGUAAGUGGUGCCCAGAACCCGCCUAACCCCCCGGGCGGCUCAUACCGUGGGUCAUAUCCCGCCCCCACACCCAGCAGCAAUGCACCGUAUCCAGGAACACUUGCUAUUUCGUACCAUCGUAUCUCGAGCGUCGCGGAUCAGACUACAGGAACACUGACUCCAUCGUUCCCUCCUAUCCCGAGCGAAAAGGAUCAGGCUACAGAAACACCAGCCCAAUCUUGCCCUUGUAUCUCGAGCGACGAGGAUCCUACUACAGGAAACUAUUCUUCAACCAUCGAUGAGGAACUUCAGGAACUCCAAAAGCUGCAAGGGUUACUAAGGUGUAAGAUUUGCAAGGUCCGGCGUGUGGCCUUGACUUUCCAGCCCUGUGGCCACUGUGUCACAUGCGAGGACUGCGGUCUCGAGGUCCAGAGCUGCCCGAUAUGUCCCAAGAAUUGUACUAAAGUUCACGGGAUAGUAAAAACAAUAUUUGCACAAUGAGCGAUGGUUUGUUGUGUGUAUUAACGUUAUUACUGAAGCAAUUACGUGCAUAUUAUAUUGGUGUACUCUAUACUAUUGUUUUAUCAAGCGUGCGUUCGUAAAAGGUCUAUUAAAGUUAUAACCCAAUAGGUUUUAGAAAUGGUCACAGUGUCACAUCAUCCCAUACCAUCCAUACCAACGGCUUGUUUUUAGCAUCAUUAUUUGUUAAUAUUAUAGAAACUCAUUUAUGUACAUUAGCUACAUACACCAUGCAUAAUACAAAGAUUAUACAGUUCAAAGUAAUUUAAUAUUUGAAAUCGUAGAAUAUUUCACAAUCUUCAUAGACAUGAUAAAAACGAUUCUAAGUCAAAUAAGUGCUGGGCAUGAUUUUCCUUGGAGCUCCUAUAACGUUUAUAGGUCGAGGUUCACUUCUUGUUUAUUGCGCAUUCAUAAUUUUAGGAAAAAACAACUGUUCUAUAGUUCUUUUUGUUUAUACAAAGUGAUUCAUUCUAAUGUUUUGUAGAUAGAGGAACACGAAAUAGAUUGGUAAUACAAAUAAAAUGUAAUAACACACAAGAGCAAUUGAAUGUAUGCAUUUUUGUUGUUUUGUUUUUAACUUCAAACCUGUUUUGGUUUAAAUUUUAACCAUCGCAGUAAUGGUAUUUAAAUGUCAUAUAAAUACAUUGCUUUGAUUUUUUAGCUGUAAAAUGCAUCUUCCAAAUUUUUUUUUACAUUAAUCACGUUUUGUGUUGUUUAUAAAAUGCAAACAAAAUAUAUUUUGGUAACCA